CUCAAUAAUACACAUCGCCUUGACAUGGAAUUCAGAGAUAAUUACUCCGCAAUUGCCGAGGCGAAUAAGCAGCGAAGAAAGCUGCAGAAUCGGAAGAACCAGAGAGCCCGUCGACAACGAAUUAAGGGUAAAGACUUUGGGAUAGAUCAAGUGUCGAGUUCAUUUGAGGUCAGACGCUGGCGCGUUGAUGAAGUUGAUGAUGGCUGUUCCCAAGACACAGAUACAGACUCAACUGCCGUGUCCAUAAACUACCAUCCGUCUUGCACACUACCCUCCACUACCAAGAGCGUCAUUGCCGUUCAAGCACCAUCAUCCACAGAUCAACCCGGUCAAGUCACGACCCUAGAAUCAGCCCCCCAGCCCAUCAACGUCAACUUCCCCCUCCCCUCCGACCAGCUCCUCCACCUCAUUCAGUUCAACGUCUACCGCGCCUUCAUCUCCAUCAAACGCACUAUCAAUACAAUAUCACUAGACCCAACAACCUGUCCCGUCUUUGGCCCCUGCUUGGACGACACAACCCGCUACCCCCCAAAUCCCAAUAUCCCUUCCUCUCUCGCCCCUACUAUACUACAACAAACUCAAUACCAUUUCCCCUGGAUCAACAUCAUGCCGUUCGCCCGCCUCCGCGACAAUCUUAUCCGACGCGAAGGCCGCUUCGACAAUUUCGAAUUAUGGCGGGAUCUCGUUGGCGAUCUUAUGAGCUAUACAGCAGCUCCUUGGCAGCGAGGAACACCGUUUAGCUUCUCUGCCAGUACCCCCGAGACGGAACAGUCACGGGGGUUCAUGUUGGAGAAUUACAUAGAUACGGACGAACUUACGGCCGGACGCAAUGGACUCAUUAUUUGGGGUGAGCCGCACGACAUGCAGAGUUGGGAGGCUACACCUGGCUUUCUUACUAAGUGGUCAUGGGCGGUCGAGGGGUGUGAAGAGCUGGUUCAAGUUAGUAAUCGUUGGAGGAUAAGAAGAGGGGCGGAGCCUAUGCGUCUGCCGACGUCGGUAUUGGGGACAAAUGCCUAAUAAUGACUUAAUACUUUGUAAAUUUGAAGAAGAGUAAAAUAAAAUAAAACACAGCUAAUUACUUAUAAAUCUAGUCACCCCA